UGCUGUGGAACGUCUACGGGGACUGUGACAACUACGCCACGCUGAAGGGGCACAGCGGGGCGGUCAUGGAGCUGCACUACAACACAGACGGCAGCAUGCUCUUCUCGGCGUCCACCGACAAAACCGUGGCUGUGUGGGACAGUGAGACUGGAGAGAGGGUGAAGAGGCUGAAGGGCCACACAUCGUUUGUGAACUCCUGCUACCCAGCGAGGCGAGGCCCCCAGCUCGUCUGCACGGGCAGCGACGAUGGGACGGUGAAGCUGUGGGAUAUCAGGAAGAAAGCUGCUGUGCAGACGUUUCAGAACACGUACCAGGUGUUGGCGGUGACGUUCAAUGACACCAGCGAUCAGAUCAUUUCCGGAGGCAUCGACAACGAUAUUAAGGUGUGGGACCUUCGCCAGAACAAGCUCACUUACACCAUGAGGGGACACGCAGACUCGGUGACAGGCCUCAGCCUGAGUUCCGAGGGCUCCUACCUGCUCUCCAACGCCAUGGACAACACAGUUCGCAUCUGGGACGUGCGGCCAUUUGCCCCUAAAGAGAGAUGUGUGAAGAUCUUCCAGGGGAAUGUGCAUAAUUUUGAAAAGAAUCUUCUGAGGUGCUCUUGGUCCCCGGAUGGGAGUAAAAUCGCAGGAGGAUCGGCUGACAGGUUUGUCUACGUGUGGGACACCACAUCCAGGAGGAUUUUGUACAAGCUGCCAGGCCACGCCGGGUCUGUGAACGAGCUGGCUUUCCAUCCAGAGGAACCCAUAAUACUCUCCGCGUCCAGCGACAAAAGACUGUAUAUGGGGGAGAUCCAGUGAAGCCAGCGAGGCAAUGGUGGGAUUUGUGCCCUCGUGCUCCUUGGUUUUUACAGAGUCGGACUGGCUUCCUUCUCGCCGGUGCCAGCCCCUCUCACGCUUGUGACAGUGGGAAAAACGUCGAAGCAGCUCGCUGAGACAAGCCACCCCCUCACAGCCCGUGACGUCUGCGUGGUCUCGCUGUACAGCUUUUUUUUCCACUCCCUCUUCUUUGGGGAGGAAGGAAAAUUUGGGAUUGAACAAGAUUUUCAUUUUGGCUGUACCACCGACUAUUAAACCCUUACCCAGAUCACUUGAAAUUGGUAACAUUUGUUUAAAUUCCAUAUGUGGCUUGUAUAUUCCCUGUCGAGUUUCUCUUGUUGUUGUUUUUAUACGGUCAAAACUGAAAUAGAUAGCUUUUUACAA